AUGAGCGAUUCAGAUGGCGCUGGUGGGACACAACAGGCAUGGUCCUAUCCUGUCCGCGCCGCUGCCGACGAGAAUGAACAUCGCUGGACCUUCACAGUGAGCCUCGCUGCAGGUGCGCCCGGGACCUUGGUCUCCAAGUUGGCUCGCAUCCAGGCCAAUUUCUCACGAGACCUGAAAGGAAGCCUCGACCAUCAAUCAGACCCGGAGGUUCUUUCGGCACUCAUGGGAGACAAGACACGUGCCCGCAGGCGGUGGAUGCAAAAUACAGUCGCUCGACCACAACUACAUCAAGAUUCAUUACAAAGCGGCGAUUGCGGGUUGUCUGAAGCAUUGGUAUUACCGGAAAUCCUAGACCAUGGUAUCGCUAAUUGA